AUGGAGAUGAAAAAACACGAAUCUAGAGACUUCGAUCAUCAUACCCCCGAUAAACUGCAAUGUGGGACAACGAUUUCUCUUUCCCACUUGCCCCCACUUCUUCAGGACAUUGCAACCCAGGAGCUAGAAGCAUUAGAAAAACGAUUAGUGAGAAGGCUCGACAUUCGGUUGAUGCCCAUGUUGGUUUUGAUCUACAUAUUGAACUAUCUGGACCGAAAUGCAAUCGCAGCGGCCAAACUUGCAGGCAUAACUGAAGACCUCGAGUUAUCAUCAGUCCAGUUCCAGACUUCCGUCAGCAUCCUAUUCGUGGGAUAUAUUCUGAUGCAAGUUCCUUCCAACCUCUUUUUGAACAAAGUGGGUAAACCUGCCAUCUAUCUUCCUACAUGUAUGGUUAUAUGGGUAAGUCAAUACAGACGGAUAUCCCUCCUUCUGAGCCUCGAGUUAAGUAUUAUUCAAAGGGCGUUUUAUGCGGAGCAAGCGGAGCAGUCCAAGACUUUCGUGGUCUGGUCUCAUGUCGGCUUUGUGGAAGCUGCCUAUUUCCCUGGCUGCAUGGUGACAUUAAGUGCUUGGUAUACACGCAAGGAACUAUCACUCCGAACUGCAAUCCUCUAUUGUGGCUCCCUUCUGGCAGGGGCCUUUUCCGGGCUGAUAGCUGCGGGAAUAACUGACAGCAUGGAUGGUGUGCGUGGGCUACGAGCGUGGAGAUGGCUCUUCAUUAUUGAGGGGACGAUCACAGUUGUUGUCGCUUUUAGUGCUUAUUUCGUCCUUGUCAACUUUCCACACAACACGCCGGGUAUAUCGGCCCAAGAAAGGGAAUUGGCUUUAUGGCGCCUGCAGAAAGAUAUUGGUGCCCAGAACGAGGGAGCGGAAGAAAACCCGAGUUUGGGUGAGGGCUUCAAGCAAUGUGUGGCUGACUGGAAGGUUUGGUUUCUGGUAACCUUAGUCUUUGGAGCAACAUCUAGUGGCACCAUCAAUAGUUUCUUCCCAACUGUUGUGGAAGGUCUGGGCAAGGACCGGAUUCAAACUCUUCUAUUGACCGUCCCGCCUUAUAUCCUCGCCUGCAUUGUCGCGAUGCUGGUUUCUCUCAACGCUGAUCGAUCAGCAUUUAUCAUUGGUAUUACUUGGGUUGCGAAUACUCUACCACGCCCGUCUUCGAAGAAAGCUGCAGCACUUGCUUUUGCCAACGCGAUUGGAAACUGUUCGUCAAUUUAUAGUCCAUACCUUUACCCGAGCAGUGGGGCUCCACGCUUUGUGCUUGCUAUGAGUGUUAACGCUGCAACCUCAUUGCUGUCCAUUGCGACUGCGACUAUAUUCAGGUUCCUCCUUCAGAACCUCAAUAAGAAGUUGGAAGGUCAGGAUGUUGAGGAAUGUGAGGAAGGCGGCCGACGCAAGGAGAGAUUCCGUUACCUUUUGUAA